AUGUCCGAUAUUUUAUUAAACGAUAAUGAAGGUACUGAUUUAAUAAUGGACUCAAUAGUUACGGCAACUGCCGAGUUAUCAAAACCUAUUCCUACACCUGGGGAACAUAUAGAUGAAUCACCACUUACUUCGAUACUAGGUGGAUAUGAACAGUACUUACCUAAAGUCGACCAGUUUUAUAUCCCCGAAUGGUUUUCAAUGCAAUUUAUCAUAAAUAAUAUGAUUUCAUUCACUCCUUUGAUUUCAUAUGGUACCACUGUAUUAAGCAUAAGGAAAUGCAAGACUGCCCUUGGAUUUUCUAUUGAUAUUUGUGCUACAAUGUUGAUUGCCAGCAUUUUAAGGAUAUCGUACUAUUUGAUUACACCUUAUGAAACAACUUUAUUACGCCAAGCUCUAGUUAUGGUGUUCAUUCAAAUAAUAUUAUUGCACACAAGCCUACAGUUUAGACCAGAUGAAUACGUUUACGAAAACUUACAAGACGUUGAACCAAUAACAGAAUUAUUGCAUGAUGUUUGGUUAGAAUAUUUCCCUGCAAACCCUUUUAAUUUCCAUGAGUAUAAGGCUUUAUUAAGAAGUUUAAGUUGGAAGAAUUUAUUGAAAUUUGGUUAUAAGUUGUUUUUAGUAUUACUUUAUAAAUUUUUGAAAUUUUUCGAUCCAAGUUAUAAAAGAGUUUACCAAUUUUGGCAGUGGUCGGAUACUUUUAAAUUUUGGAAGUUCCUAGUAAUUUUCACCACUUUACAAGUUUUGUUUACAUUUUUCAUUUCUAAAAUUAUGGAUUGGGAAAGUUUGGCCCAAUGGAUUGGCUCCUUUAUUGGUUCUUUGGGAUUAUUUAUUGAGUCCACUUUACCAUUGCCACAAAUUGCAAUUUUAAAUAAACUAAAAUCCAUUCAAGGUUUUAAACUAAUCUUGUUAGUUAGUUGGCUGUGUGGAGAUAUUUUAAAGUUAAGUUACCUAAUAUUUGGUGCAAAUAAUAUUUCUAUUAUUUUUGUUGUGUUUGGUACUUUUCAAAUGUUUUUAGAUAUUUAUAUUGGUGGCCAAUAUAUCUAUUAUAAAUAUUACUAUAUUUCACCCAAGGAUGUAAAUAAAUCGGGGCAGAAUGAUGAUUCAUUAGAUAUCGAGAUGUCUGAAUUUGAUAUAACAGAUAAUAAUAGUAGCCAGGAAAAUCUAGGUAAUUCCAGCACUUAA